AUGUCUCAAUCUUAUCAAAUUCCAAUGGAAAAAAAAAAUGAUAUUAAAACCCACUUAACACAAAGGUCGGAUUCUGUUUCUGUUACUAUGGUGUCCGCUACACCGCCAAAUUCCACGACUAAACCUAUUCAACAACUUCCUACCUCCACCUUAAGUCACCUUGAAAAUAUUUUCGAGGCUGUUAAAAAACAGGUUUCUAUUUGGGGAGAACGUGCUAGAUGGAAAAUUGAUUUGGUUUUGUUACCAGCUGAAGAUGAUGAGGAUAUAGAAAAUUCAAGUCAAGUUGUUGGAGGAUUAUUAAACCAACAACAGUCUGGUUUACAUACCCCUACAAGCGACAAUGCAGGUGAUACUUCGACACCUGCUCAUAUAACAAAUGGCCAGUUACAAUCAACGACACAACAAUCAACAAUACAAUUACCAAUGCAGUCACCGCUAUCACAAGUUCAAUUUUAUGCACAGUCUCAAAACGUAAAGGUUGAAAGUUCCAUGCGUUAUAUUUUAGAUGAUGAUACUAUAGAAAAAUUGGACAUUGAGACGGCAAAACAUAUGUGGAAUUAUUUACCUAGAUUGCAAUCGUUUUUAUCUCUUUUAAAGCUAAAAGAUGCAAUACUUCAUAUUCGUGCCUAUGAAUCAACAUUAAAUCGUGUAUCUUGUGAAGCAGAAUCAAAAAUAAAAGAGGCACAGGCAAGAGCCAAAAAAGCAAAUGAACAUAUUGAGAGCAUGGCAAAAUUUCAUUCGAUAAGAGAAAAAGAAAAGACCAGUAAGCAUUCUGUAGAACUUAAGAUAUUACAAGAAGAUGUUAAAAUUCUAAGUCGAAAAUACAAAGAAACUAAUGUGCAACUAGCUGAUAUUAAAGAAAAAUAUGCUAGCUUACAAGAACAAGAAGCUCGUAGAGAGGCACAACCUUCUCUGUUACAAUACUCGACAUCUUCAAAUACUACAGAGGUAGUUGGAAAGAUUGUUGAAUAUGUUCCUCAGCAACAGACGAAUGGAUAUUUAACUUACAAUUUCCCACAUGUACAAAAAAUGCCUUCACAGCAUUCACAACAAUAUAUACAAAACCAACCUCAGCAAUUAAACCCUCCUCCUGUUAACUCAUCAUCUCUCUCAGUAUCGUAUUCAAAUGGAUUACCAAUUAUUCCAUCAGCAUAUGCUUCACAACAACAAGAUCCAAAUCGUAGAAAUUUCCCCCCAUAUCAAAUACCACAAGCAAUUCAAAAUAAUUCAUCGCAUUAUCCCCCUUAUCUUUCAAAUACUCGAUCCGUAUUUCCUCCGUAUUCUUUUCCACGACAACAUCAAGAUAUUCGUCAAACUCAAUCAGUUACUUAUCCAACGCAAUUGAAUAAUUCUUCUAUUCCAAGGGUUGUGCCUACAUACGCUCCUAUUCAACCAAACAUUACCACCACAACUACGACAGUUCCAGUAUAUGCCUCAACUCCAAGGGUGGAACGUAGCGGUUUAGAUAAUCUUUCAUUGGCCGCAGAAUUGAUAUUAUCUUCAGCCAUUUCGUCAUUUCCAACAUCUACCUUGAUACCGAAACAACAAGAUAAUCAACAAAAAACUCCUAGUAGGGAAGUAUCAUCCUCAUCGGAUUGUUCAACAAUUUCAAUGGAAACGCCAAUAAAUAUUACAACCACUUCCACAGCUGAUACUCUAAUUGCGGAAAAUCCGAUUAACAUUAAUAAUAAUGAUAAGUCAGCACCAUCGACACCACCACCUAGAUUUAACGCAAGAAUCAUUGAUUCGUCAAAGAAUAUUUCCACCCCUGAUACGAUAACAGCUAUUGCAGAUGACGAUACAUAUAAGAAUACAUCGAUUGAUGCAGAUGGACAUUCUAUGCAAACCUUAUCACCUUCUACUAAAGUAGAUGAAGAAGAUAUUCACAGUGAUCAUCUAUCAAGUGUUGAUGAAUUUAUGGAUGUUAUGGGUGAAGGGACUCUUCAAAUUAUAAAAGAAAGUAAAUCUGAUAUUAAAAUUGAUGUAACGGAAGAUAAUAAUGUAAUUACUUCUACUCGUGAAGAAUCCGAAGAAGAAUCAAAUGGUCCACCGAAGAAAAAACGACGUCUAUCAAAUGUAAAACGUGCCCCUCCACCU